GUUCUUUGGGGGUUCGUGUUUUUCCCUCCCGGUAAAGGUUGCAUGUCUUCCCUCAUCAGCUGCUAGGUUAAAAGUGAAGAAUCAAAUUUCGCUGUGUUUGGUGGCCGUGUUGGCACGUGUUAAUUUCAGUGUGUUGGCUGAAGUUUAGGGUAAAGAGAAGUCUCCAGACGCUUUGAAGGAUAAUUCCUACUUUGAAAACCCAAAGCCUAAGCGUCUGGCAUAAUCUACUCCCAGUAAGUGGUAACCGUCUUGGCAUUCUUGAGCGCCAUGCAAAGCUUAUGCAAACAUCUGUUUUUUCUGAGUCAACUGCUCAUUUUAUUUCAAAAUUGGAGCAUGUCGUCAUGGAGACAGAUGCUCUCGGUUGCACAAUAAACCGACCUUUAGCCAGACCAUCUUGAUUCAAAACAUCUAUCGUAAUCCCCAAAACAGUGCACAGACGGCUGACGGCUCACACUACCAUUGCCCUCUUGAACAUUUACCGUAACCCUCAAAACUCUUCCCAGUCUGCUGACGGUUUGCGCUGUGCCGUGAGCGAUGUGGAGAUGCAGGAGCAUUAUGAUGAAUUCUUUGAGGAGGUUUUUACAGAGAUGGAGGAGAAGUACGGGGAAGUCGAGGAAAUGAACGUCUGUGACAACCUAGGAGAUCACCUAGUGGGGAACGUUUAUGUCAAGUUUCGCCGUGAGGAAGAUGCAGAAAAGGCUGUGAUUGACCUGAAUAACCGCUGGUUUAAUGGACAGCCAAUCCAUGCUGAGCUGUCUCCUGUGACCGACUUCAGGGAAGCCUGCUGCCGCCAAUAUGAGAUGGGAGAGUGCACACGAGGAGGCUUCUGCAACUUCAUGCAUCUCAAGCCCAUUUCCAGAGAGCUGCGGCGGGAGCUGUAUGGGCGCCGUCGCAAGAAGCACAGGUCCCGGUCCCGAUCCAGGGAGCGGCGCUCUCGGUCCAGAGACCGUGGUCGUGGUGGUGGAGGCGGCGGAGGAGGUGGGGGCCGCGAGCGUGACAGGAGGCGAUCGAGAGAUCGUGAAAGAUCUGGGCGAUUCUGAGCCAUGCCAUUUUUACCGUAUGUCUGCUAGAAAGUGUUGUAGUUGAUUGAUCAAACCAGUUCAUAAUGGGAAUUUUUUUUAAAAAACAAAAAAAAAAAAACACAAAGAUGGGUUUCUGAAUAAAAUUUGUAGUGAUACAGUA